CGCGCCCCUCCCCUUCCCCUGCUCCUCGACCACCUCGCUCACCGAGAGAGCUUCGGCUCCGCCGACGACGACGCCGCGCCGCCACCUCCACAUGGCGGACGACGCCGUCGUCGCCGGAGCGGCCGUUCACUGCGCACGGCCGGCGCCGGCGCCGCUGCUUGCUUCUAGGAGGCACCAGCAGCAGCAGCAGCAGCAGGUCGACGACGCCGGCUGCGGCGGCAGCAGCGACGACCACUACCAGCAGGACGUGAUCAGGCUGAGGCGGACGAGGAGCGGCCGGGCGUUCCCGCCGCCGAUCUCCGUGAUCGGCAAGGGCGGGCGGCCGUGGCUGAGCCUACGGGCGCACCGCGAGGGUGGACGCCUCGUGCUGCGGGAGAUGCGCCUGCCGUCGCAGGAGCUGCCGCUGCAGCCCUGCAAGGAGGACGGCAGGUUCAAGCUCCUCAUCCACCCGGAGGCCCGCGCGCGGCCGUGCGGUGCGGGGGCGGCCGCCGGCACCGCAGGAACGGCAAGGGAAGGAUAGAUGAGCAGUGCUCUUGAUCAGCUGACCAGAUGAUGAUCUGCCGCCACACCCACACGUCGUUGUCUACUCUUGUAUAUAUGGGCUGCAGGGCUGAGAUAAAACCGGUAGAUCUCCCUGUUUAGUUCUUGUGUGAGAGGGCUAGCUCGAGCUAUCUUCUGCUUUGCAUCCUGCAACCGUUGUCCACAAUCUUUGCCUUCCGUCAAGUUUUAAUACAUCAUGGACGGAACAUUGAGGCAUUUCUUUGGUCUUUAAUUUGUC